GCGCCUAGUGUUUGUGAAUGGGCGUGCUCGAAGCCGCGGCCUCCGUCACGUGACCGGGUUUUAAUGUUUACAUUCGAGGCGGGCGAAGGGGAAUCCUUUGCCAGGUGGGGGGCCCGUUUCGGUUUCAUUUCCCGGGGAAGGGGGAGGAGCUCCCGGCGGGCCUCAUGCUGGGCUACGAGUGCUGACAAGGGAGAAAGAGGCCUGCGGGGAGCGCCCUAACCGUGAACCAGGGAUCGUGACGAUCAAUAUGGAGGAGCUGGCGGUGGAGGUGCGGGGCUCCAAUGGAGCAUUCUACAAGGCAUUUGUAAAAGAUGUACAUGAAGAUUCCAUAACUGUUGCUUUCGAAAAUAACUGGCAGCCAGAGAGACAGAUUCCAUUCCAUGAUGUAAGAUUUCCGCCUCCUUCAGGUUAUAAUAAGGACAUAAAUGAAAGUGAUGACGUAGAGUUUUUGAGGGUCAAAGGCGAAGAUGAUUUCAUGGUUUACUCAAGAGCAAAUGAAAAAGAACCAUGUUGCUGGUGGCUUGCCAAAGUCCGAAUGAUAAAGGGUGAGUUUUAUGUUAUAGAAUACGCAGCUUGUGAUGCUACAUAUAAUGAGAUUGUCACUAUUGAACGACUACGUUCGGUGAAUCCCAAUAAGCCUGCAACAGAAAACACUUUCCAUAAGAUCAAGUUAGAUGUACCCGAAGAUUUACGGCAAAUGUGUGCUAAGGAGUCUGCUCACAAAGAUUUCAAAAAAGCAGUUGGAGCAUUUUCAGUAACCUAUGAUUCAGAAAGCUGCCAGCUUGUUAUUCUGUCAGUCAAUGAAGUCACCAUAAAGCGGGCAAACAUGCUUAGCGACAUGCAUUUCCGAAGUCUGCGUACUAAAUUAUCUUUGAUGUUGAGAAAUGAAGAAGCUAGUAAACAGCUUGAAAGCUCAAGGCAGCUGGCAUCCAGAUUUCAUGAGCAGUUUAUUGUACGAGAGGAUUUGAUGGGCCUUGCCAUUGGCACCCAUGGUGCUAACAUUCAGCAAGCCAGAAAAGUUCCUGGUGUAACUGCAAUUGAUUUGGAUGAAGACACUUGCACAUUUCAUAUAUAUGGAGAGGACCAAGAUGCUGUAAAGAAAGCCAGAACGUAUCUGGAAUUUGCUGAAGAUGUGAUACAAGUACCCCGAAACUUAGUAGGAAAAGUAAUUGGGAAGAAUGGAAAGCUCAUUCAGGAAAUAGUGGAUAAAUCCGGUGUUGUCCGAGUAAGAAUUGAAGCCGAAAAUGAUAAGAGUAUUUCCCAAGAAGAGGGAAUGGUUCCAUUUGUUUUUGUGGGAACAAAGGAUAGCAUCACUAAUGCUACUGUUCUUCUGGAUUAUCAUCUUAACUACUUAAAGGAAGUGGACCAAUUACGCUUGGAAAGGUUGCAAAUUGAUGAGCAACUUCGGCAGAUAGGUGCCAGUUCAAGACCUCCUCCAAAUCGUUCAGAUAAGGAGAAGGGAUAUUCCAGUGAAGAUUGCAGUGGUCUAGGGCGAGGAAGUAGGCCUUACAACAACCGAGGACGUAGCCGACGGGGCACAGGAUACGCUUCUGGCACAAAUUCAGAAGCAUCAAAUGCGUCUGAAACUGAGUCUGACCACAGAGAUGAACUAAGUGACUGGUCCUUGGCUCCAGCAGAAGAGGAUCGAGAUAAUUACCCUAGAAGAGGAGAUGGGCGGAGACGUGGAGGAGGACCACGAGGACAAGGGCUAAGGGGACGAGGGGGAUUCAAAGCAAAUGAUGACCGCAUAGACAACAGACAGCGCAAUUCAAGAGAAACUAAAGCGAGGUCUGCGGACAGCUCUCUGCAGAUCCGAAUUGACUGCAAUAAUGAAAGGAGUGUACAUAAUAAAACCAUGCAGAAUACACCUGGAGAGGGAAACAGACUACGCUCGGUAAAGGACCGUGUUCAAAAGAAAGAAAAGCUGGAUAUAGUGGAUGGCCAGCAACAAGUGGUGGUUAAUGGAGUACCGUAACCUUACAUUUCUAAAACAAAUCUUACACAGCCUAAAUAUAAUAAAUCUUAUUUCACAUUCAAGAAGUCUGUUAGGCCAAAGACAAAUAGGCAGGAUGAUACAGGGCAUGAAACAAAAAAGUUCCUGUUUAGCCCUAUUUUGUUAGUAUUGGCUCUAAGCAGUUUUCAAAAGGCAGACAGUGGAAACAUUUGCAUUUAAAUAUCAAAACGUAUGAGGCUUUCAAGUACAUAUUGCACUUGAUUUAAAAAAAAAAAAAAAAAGUAUUUUUUGUUUAAAAGGAAAUAAAUGAAAAAAAAUACUAUGCUUUGUGUUUUUGGUAUACUUGUGUUCAGUUGUACCAUUUUCAGGCAGCUGAUUUAACAUAGUCAUUGCUCAACUUCAGACUACAGAAUAUAAAUACUAAAUGAUUCCAGCCAGGCUUUAGGUUGUCUUAAUCUAAUGCUUAAAUGACUCAUGUCCUUUAAUCAUUUUGGCCCUUUUUGCAGUAUCUUAGUGUGACCUAAGAUGUGUGUAAUGUAAUAAACUGUCAUUUUCUUUGGCAAAAAAAAAAAAAAUGAAACAAAAAAGUUGUAUGAUCUGUGCCUUUUUUAUAUCUUGGCAGGUAGGGGAUAUUAUUAGAAAAAAACUAAUCUGGGGCAGAGUUGAAAAUCCUAAAUGUAAAAUAAUAUGUAGCAAAUCUUGUCUGGAAUUAGAACUUUUAAUGCAUGCUUUCAUAAUAUUUUAAAUACAUAAACAUCAACCUCAGCUGCAGGAGGGAAAAAUGUAGAACUCUGGAUUUGCACUGAACAAUGAAUAGUCCUGGCAUGGACACACGUUGUCUUCAUUGACAUGAUUAGUGAAGAUUUUUUUUUUCUCUCACUUGCAAGAGAUUAGAGUAUUUUGUCUGAUAUGUUACUGAUGAUAAAAUUAGUCUUAUAUAUUUGGCCUCAACUGUUCCCUUUUUUUUAAAUAAACUAAUUUUUUAUUUUAACCUCUCAAUUUCUGUUUAGUUCUCAACAAUGUAGAAAUAGAGAGCUCAAAUAUCAGAGGUAAAUCAAGCCCAUUCACCAUGCAGGCAUAGGCUGGGCUCUGUUAUAUUCAAGAGAAUGUCUUCAGGUACAUAGUCUUAUUACACAACACAUGUACACUGUAGCUGUUGUCUGAUCAUUUUCAUGUGGUACAUAAAGAGGAAGGUGUUAUGAAUCAAACUAGUUUUCAUUCUAAAUAUUAAUUUUACUUACUGCAGAAAUAAUUUUGCCAUCUUCUACUCUUGCUCUCCAUGUAAGCCUCUAUACUUAGAGGCAUCGUUGAGCUGUACAUUACCGUACAAAAGAGUCGCCGUAUCAUACGUGGUGAAAUUAUUUUUCUUUGCUUCAUACCUAAUUGUUUUAUCCUCCCUCUGCUGUUGCAUACAAAUGAAAAUAUAAAAUUGCAACAAACUGCACACAGAUUAAUGAAUUUAAAAUGUCUUAAAAGUAUUGCCAAACACUAAUGUUGAUUUCUAGUUAUUUAUUUAUUUUGGGAAUGUAUAGUAUUUGGAAAACAAACAUUGAUGAUACUCUGUACACAUCAUCUGUACGCUGUUUUGAUUUAAAAUACUGUAGAUACUUUAACCAAGGUAGACUAACCUUGUAAUGCUCUUUCGAAAAUAUCCUCUGUACAUAUUAGCUACGACAGAUUGGAUUUUACGUUGACAUUUUGUUUGGUUAUAGUGCAAUAUAUUUUGUAUGCAAGCAGUUUCAAUAAAGUUUGAUCUUCCUCUGCUAACUGAUGUGGGAUAUCAAUAAAAUUCUUAAAAUAA